AUUAAUUUAUUGUAUCAUCGAAUGAGAGAAUUUAAGGGAAAAUUUAUUGCGAAAGGCGCAGGCUUCAAAUCGAUUCCAUCACCCACCUCACACCCCUAAAGAAAAUGUACCGAGUUUGUCGACUCGGGGGUGAUACGACAAGUGAUCAAAGCAAAUAUGGCGCUAGAUUUUGCUGCCACUUAUAAAGUUCUUGUUCUCGGGGACUCUAAUGUGGGAAAAACUUGUAUUGUCCAUCGAUAUUGUGAUGAACGUUAUUAUGACACCUACAUAUCUACAAUUGGUAUCGAUUUCAAACAAAAAAUCAUCAAUCUUGAUGGAACUCCGAUAAAACUUCAAAUUUGGGACACUGCCGGCCAAGAAAGAUUUAGGACAUUAACAACAGCUUAUUAUCGUGGUGCAAUGGGAAUUCUUUUAAUGUACGAUGUCACCAGUCUUGAAAGUUUUAAUCAUCUAUCUUAUUGGCUUCGCAAUAUUCAAGAGAACGCAUCUCCAGACGUCGUUAAAGUUCUUGCAGCCAAUAAAUGUGAUGCUACGUUAAAUAGAGUAGUUGAAGCAGAAAGGGGACAAAAAAUAGCUGAAAAUUUUGAUAUGCCUUUUUUUGAAGUUUCCUGUAAAGAAAAUGUUAAUAUUGAAGAGGCUUUUCUUACAUUGGCGAGAAGAAUACGAGAGCAACGAGGACGAAGGGCAAGUUUAUUCGAGGCUUCAGAAAGAGAGGAUGCCAACAGUAUAAUAAAAGCCCAAUCACCAUCACAGCAAAGUGACUCCUGGAAAUGCUCUUGUUAGCCAAAUUGAUAAUAAUUCAUGAAUUUAAGGAAAAUUUCCUUCACUGCAAAUUCAUCGAAGCUCACAAAAAAGUCAAUUUAAAAUGAUUGACCUUUUUUAAUAUGUGCAAAAAAUAGAAAAUUUUUUAUAUAUUAUUCUCUAUAUAUAUGGUGUUUUAAGAAAAAAAAUCCAAAUCGACAAAAAAAAUAUUCUGCACAACAUAGAAUCAUAUACAAAAUUCUAAAAUUCACAUUUUGAAAUCAUCCCAUUCAUUUUUUAUUUUAAAAUGAAAAUGUCUAAAAUCUGGAAACGAGAGGAAUAUAUAGAUUUAAACCACAAUUUUUAAUGUAUAAAAUAAUUGGAGUGCACAAAAAAAAAUAAUAAUGAAAUUGACAAAUUUCAUUGUAAAGUUCGUAUAAAGAACAUUACGAAAAGUUUUUUUUACGGCUUUUGAUAUUUGCCUUUUUAAGUCGAAUGAAGAAGAAGAAAAAAAAUUUGUAUUUAAAGACAAACAAAUUUUUUUACAUGACAAAAAAAUGUUAUUAGAUGAUUUUUUAAGGCCUAAAAUAAUAUUGAUCCGGAGGCGCGUCUAAGUUACAUUAUAUUUUCGUCAUAUGCGAAUUUAUAAUGUUUAAUCGAAAGACUUCAUCAAGCGCAUUGUGAUUUCCGUCAGAAUUUGAGACUAUUAAGAGAUUAUAUUACCACAAUUAUAUUUUUCAAAAUAUCCAAUUUAUUCCAAUUUUGAAAAUUUCGUGAUUUUUUGAUGAAAUUUUUAUUUAAUAAAAGAAAAAAUAGAAUUGAACAAAUAAUGGAAUUGUUGGAUAUUUUUAAUGAAAAAUAAACAUCUCUUUAUCGAGGACCAUUAUUUAAUUCUCUAAAAGUAAGCAGCGUGUAAUUAUAGAGAAAAUGUUAACACAUUUGUUAAGUGAGUAUAUUUUUAAAGAAAUCAUUUCUUUUUAAUUUUUCUAUCGAUCCUAAAAUUAAUUUUGAAUUUCUAAAAAUUGUAAUGUUUAUUUACAAUUUUAAAUAUAAUUUUUUUACUUGACUCAAAUUUUCAAAAAUUGGAAAUUUAAUUUUUUUUUAAAGUCCAAAUUAAUAUUUGAAAAUUUUUAUUGUAUUACUUUCCUUAAAGGAAAAAAAGCGAGUCGUACAAGUAUUCUAGCAUGUGCUAAUUUAAGACCACCAAACACAAAAUAUUUAAUUAAAGCUUAAGAGGAACGUGCAUUAAUUAAAUCGCACGAUCGCACAACGUACUUUCGUAGUUAGCAUUGUUGUUCUCUUAUAAUAAAACAAAACAAAAAUAAAAAAAAAAUAGAGUCGCAUUUCGUAUCUUCGUUUAUGCUGGCAGAAACACAAAGCCUUUGCCUUUAUUGUGCCUAUAAACGAAUGUAAAAAAAAAUAUAUUAAGCUGCUUUUUAUAAUUAAUAAUCGUACCACAAGCAAAACUUCGGAACAAAACGUCAUAAAUUGGCCUCACAAAAAAAAAAAAAAAAGAAUGUACACUAUGUCAAAGUUAAUUGGAAAAUCUAUAGAAAGCACUAAUUUGUUUUUAUGUUUUUUCCAAUAUUAUAUACGUUAGGAUAGCGAUAGAUAAAUUUUGAUAAGUGUUCAAAUAGAUCAAGGAUUUAGACUGAUAAUUUAAAAUCCCUGAAUUUUGUUGCACACUCUUUUGAAUUGUUAAACCUUAUUAAUUAAUUGUUUAACUAAUUUAUUAGAUUGUUUUGUAUAUUAUUGUCGUAUAUUUACAAUCUCUGUAGAAUAUUGUAGUAGUACAAACGAAUAAUUAAAUUUCUAUAUUACAA